AUGCAGUCCGAUUUCGAAACUGAGUUUGAAGAUCUUCCCUGCAUACACUUUUUCGGUCAUAUGCAAUUUUCUGAGGAGGCGCAUCACAUCUACGAAAAAGUUCAAGUUAUUGAAAAGAUUACUGGAUGCGUAACGAUAUAUCGAUCCAAUCUGGUACAUGCAAAUUUUCCCCAACUCAAAGAAAUUGUUCACGAUGAAAAUUUCUGUGACUUGGACUAUGCUCUAAGAAUUAUAGGAAACCAAAAACUCAAAUCGAUCACAUUUCAUAAGGAUUUCAGUAUACAAUCAGAUAAAGUUUUUAUAAGUGUAAAUCCUCUUUUGGAACAUAAUGGGACUUCAGUGAAUGACACGAUUUUUGACUUUUCACCAACGGACGGAGACUGCCUUCAGGAGCAAGUUUUGACAAAACAACAGUGCAAGCGUAUUGUUGGCGAUGUUACUUACGAAGACUAUCUACUUGGAGCGUUUAAACGCGAUCCACCGGUAGAAAUUCAUGGAAUGUUGAUUUUUGAGGAUAGAGAUGACAUAAAUUUAUUGGCACUUGAGAAUGUAACAGUCAUUGCGCAUGGAACUCCUGCUAUAGUCAUUAGCAAUAAUGCGAAUCUCGUUGAUAUCAGUGGAUUACUUUCCAUAAAAAUUAGUGGACGAGAGCCAUUAUUGGAAAUUUCGGACAAUGAUAAAAUAUGUGCUCCUAUUGAAUUGCGAAAUAAAGUUAAACAAUUAGCUCAGAAGGAUGUGCUUUUUGACAAAAGUUGUUUGAAGUCAUGUGAGGGAGGAGUCGUAGACCAUUGGUUCCUGCAAGAAUUCAGCAAUUUGAAGAAUUGUCGUGUAAUUAUUGGCAAUUUAAUGAUUAUGGGUCUUAAUGACCCUGACAAAGCCAUCGAAAUCUUUACCUAUGAAGAUGUGUCAGAUUGGGAAAAGAAACGAUUCAAAUCGAUUGCUCUGAAGAGGGACGUUUUCAAUAUUGGGCAUAAACCCAUCAAAAAGGAACGUAGAAUCUACGAGACCUAUGAAAACAAUACAAUUUUGGGUACGUGUUUCUUUUGUUUUGGCAAAGUAUCUCUUCUCCUCGAAGUCGUUGGAUAUGUGACACGCCAUUCAUGCGUUUUUCAUCUUUAG